AUGUCGGCACUCAGGCGCUCGGGCUACGGCCCCAGUGAGGGUCCGCCUUAUGGCCGCUACUACGGGCCUGGGGGUGGAGAUGUGCCAGUACACCCACCGCCGCCCUUAUAUCCUCCUCGUUCUGAACCUCCGCAGCCUCCCAUUUCCUGGCGGGUGCGCGGGGGCGGCCCGGCUGAGACCACCUGGCAGGUAGAAGGCGGAGGAGGCGAUAGCUACUAUCCUUCUGGGGGUGCCUGGCCGGAGCCACCUCGAACUGGAGGAAGCCACCAGGAGCAGCCACCAUAUCCUAGCUACAAUUCUAACUACUGGAAUUCUCCUGCCCGAGCUAGAGCUCCUUACCCGAGUACAUAUCCUGUGAGACCAGAAUUGCAAGGCCAGAGUUUGAAUUCUUACACAAACGGAGCCUAUGGUUCACCAUACACCCCUAGCCCUGGGGCAAAUACUGCCUCAUACCCUGGCACUUAUUAUGCUUCUGGAUAUACUCCGACCAGUUAUUCCACAGAAGUCCCAAGCACAUAUCGUUCACCUGGUAACAGUCCAACCCCAGUUGCUCGUUGGCUUUAUCCCCAGCAGGACUGUCAGACUGAAAUGCCUGCUCUUCGGGGACAGGUUCCAGGAUAUCCUGUUUCACAGAAUCCUGGAAUGACUCUGCCCCAUUAUUCUUAUGGGGAUGGUAAUCGAAGUGUUCCACAAUCAGGACAGAGUGUACAACUGCAAGAGGAUGCAUGGGCUUCUCCUGGUGCUUACGGAAUGGGAACCCGCUACCCCUGGCCUUCAGCUACACCCUCAGCACCACCAGGGAGUCUCUACAUGACUGAAAGUACAUCGUCCUGGCCNNNCAGUGGCUCUCCUCAGCCACCCCCUUCACCACCAUCCCAGCAGUCCAAGGACUCUUCAUAUCCCUAUAAUCAGUCAGAUCAAGAAGUGAACCGGCACAACUUUCCUUGCAGUGUCCAUCAAUAUGAGUCUCCAGGGACAAUGAACAAUGAUAAUUCAGACUUGGAUUCUCAAGUCCAAUAUAGUGCUAAGCCUCAACUGUAUGAUAAUACCACCAAUGAAAAUGCCAGCAAUCAAGAUCACAGUAAUAAUAAUCCUGAGGAGUGUUUAUCUUCAGAUGAAGGUACUCCUCCAAGUAUUAAAAAAAUCAUCAAUGUGCUGGAGAAGGUCCAGUAUCUUGAGCAAGAAGUAGAAGAGUUUGUGGGCAAAAAGACAGACAAAGCAUACUGGCUUCUGGAAGAAAUGCUGACGAAGGAACUUUUGGAACUUGAUUCAGUUGAAACUGGGGGCCAGGCCUCUGUCCUUCAGGCCAGGAAAGAGGCUGUUUGUAAGAUCCAAGCCAUACUAGAAAAACUGGGGGGAAAAAGGACUAUGAAAGAAUUUAGAACAAAGUGA